CACACUGACACACUGUGGCGUUUUGGUAUCAUACGGAUUUUGGUAAAAUCGAAAUGAGAUCAAUGGAACGUCAAUGUGGCUGUACUUAAGACGGGAGUAAUUCAUUACAAUGACAAAGAAAUCUUGUCAGAGUUGUUCUGGGCGUCUUUCUCUGGAUGUAUCGCCAAAGGACUCUCCGAAACUGAAACUGAGACAAUAUGCUGACGCCUGUUACAUGCACGGUCCGUCAGCCAUUGCUCGUUCCGUUAAUAUUGUCCGGAUGUCGGUCUGGAUAUUAGUGUUCCUGUCCGGGUGGGGUAUGACAAUCUGGCAGCUGACAGAAUUAAUAAAGAAGUUCUACACCUACCCAACCUCCACAAACCUUAUUCUGAACUCCAACGGAAGUAUGCUGUUCCCGGCAGUGACAAUAUGUAACAGUAAUCCAGUACGGAAAAGUCUACUCUCAUCGACCAGUACAGAUAUCGAGAACAUAAUUACGGCGGCAGACACAACCUCGGCCCCACAAGUUUGGGACUGGAAUACAGUUGACGACAAUACAACAUUCUAUGACUCUUUUGACAAAGAUACAUCUGUUAACUUUGAAUUUUCCUACGCUUACUCAACUUUGGACGAUUCCACAAAGACAGCUGCUGGACAUCAACUGGAGGACAUGCUCGUGUCAUGUAGUUUUAAGGGAAAGUCAUGCUCUCCUUCAAAUUUCUCUCACUUUGUGCACUACAAGUAUGGAAACUGUUACACAUUCAAUUCGGGUUUCAAUUCUUCUGUAGUCCAGACAGAGAAAACAGGGCCUAUAUACGGGCUCACCAUGGAACUUUACCUCGAACAGGAUGAAUACGUCGGAAGCCUAGCCCCAGAUGCUGGGAUACGAUUGACAGUCCACAACCAAACAUCGAUGCCUUUUCCGGAGGAGAACGGUAUCAAUCUGGCCCCGGGAUUCAAAACGGGCAUAGCGUUGAAACUUACUGAAGUUAUUCGAGCUAAACCGCCACAUGGUGAAUGCAAGGAUUACACCGAGGCUGAAAACCUCAUCAACAACGCCUGGGCAGAAGAAGACGAGCUCAGCGUACAGUAUUCUUACGUGGCGUGCCAAAAAACCUGUUUCCAGAAAAGCUUGAUCCGGUACUGUGGAUGUUGUAGCCUUGACUAUCCCUGUUCUAGAGUCACCUUCAAUGAAGUUUUGUCAGCUUACCCGAACGGAGUUGAUUGGUGUCUUUAUUCAAACGAGUCACAGGCUGACUGUGAAUUAACUGUUCUGGAUAAAUAUGAAAAAAGCGAGCUACCCUGUUCCUCUUCAUGCGUACCCCCAUGCGAUGAGACGGAAUACACAACGGCAGUGUCCAUGUCCGCAUGGCCGUCCAACGAGUACUUGGAUACAGCCAUUAACGACUUCCGUAGUUCAUCCAGUGCACUCUUCUCCUCCUUAUCGACGGCUGUGUCAUCUUCAGCAAGGAGGGAUUUCAUGAAUGAAAAUGGAGUAAAGGUUGAAAUAUAUUACCGGUAUCUUAAUUAUGAGGUGAUACAAACAGAAGCAUCGUAUGCGGUAGAGGACCUGUUAUCGGACAUUGGUGGUCAGCUCGGACUCUGGAUAGGACUGUCCAUCGUGUCCUUGUUCGAGAUUAUAGAGAUUAGUAUCGGACCUUAGUAAUGAUUGGGUUUCUACAGUUAUGUAGCAAGAAGAAUGAUGUAAAGACAAUCAAAAUUGACAAAUAAAAUGUUAAUGAGGCGAAAAAUAAAAAAGAUGACCACCAAGACACUCAUGAAAAAGUUUCGUUACCAUAACGACUAGGUACCUUGAUACAAAACAAAGUGCUGUUUUCGUGUCGAAACUCAAUGUAACGUCAAAAAGUGUGUUGGAACGUCACACAAUAUGCAGUAUCGUCACAAAAUAUGCUGUAUCGUCACAUAAUAUGUUGAAUAUUUCACUUGAGAUUGGUCUUUACCAAACUUGUGGGAAUAGAUUCAUUCUGAUUAGUGAAACAUGGUUCUUUGUUCAGACUUGAUGAGAUGGAAAUGGAACGAAUAUCUAUAUAUCAAUACUAUUCUGAUUAGCUGAAUCUUGACAACGAUUCGAUCGCGCCUUCUAUCGGUUUGUAAUACAGAUAAAAUAAAUAUAAAUAUAUUAGAGUUCGAAUCUUCAAUCAGUUUUCAUGUUACUCUUCGUUGAUCUUAAUAUCAAAGAUAAAAUCAAUUCCCAGCACGAUGUCGGUUUUGCUGAUCUGAUUUGUAUGUUUCAAUUACUGGCUAUGUAUACAUAAAUAUAAUAUGUAAGAAAGCUGAAGUCGUGUAUAAUGAAAGUUUUAUAUCGAAUUCGCAUUGUAAUUAUGUGCAGCAUAAUGUAAUUUACAUAUUGUUAUAGAUGAAGCUUGUUUCCGGACAGUAAGGUCGUUUUCUGUCCCAAACAACUCGUCCAUUUAAAAUUUAGUAUGUCCAAGUCACGUGACUCCUUUGUCCCAUUUCAUGCCCAGAAAAUGUUUACUUCCCUUCCAAUAAUCGUCGAUCUUAAAAAUAUUAUCAGGAUUGAUACUUUCUAAAAAAUGCAUUUAUCGUUACUUGGUGUGUGUGUAUGUGUGUGUUUACAAAGAGUUAAUAAUGAGCAUUUGAUUAUAAAUAUUCCGUUCAAUGGUGGCGUUGACGUGCGUGUAAUUUCGAUUUACCAAUAUUAAAAGUACUCAUUAUAUGUUUAUACAGCAUUUUAUCAUGAUGGCGAAAUAUUUUUUCCCAAGGAAAAUUCCUAAAUUCCCUAUCAGUAACAAAAUUUAGUUUCAUGUUACUGGCAUUCGAAUAAAUAAUCUAUUGGUUAA